GAGCUCAAAACACUAAUACACAGAAUCAACAUGUUUGCUACUACCACCAGUAGCAUGAAGCAAGGAAAGUGGUACUGGAACAACUCGGCCAAAGAGCUCCACUUUGAAAAGACAAAGAGCCUGCUAUUGCUGGAUGUCCCCGUUGUAAAAAGCCCUGGAUCUGUAGAAUUUAUAGAUAAAGAAGACCCAAACACACCUGUGACUUUGUAUGAAGUCAAAACUGUUGCACUGAGGCUUGUGAAUCCAAAGCUCCUUGAUUCAAUGAGUGCCAAGUCUAUCAGGCUUUUUGACUUGUGCUACAAAACAGAAGUUUUUGAUAAGUUCCUUUGGAGAAUAUUGGAGUACUUUCAAUUUUAUCUGCAGCACCAGGAAAUAUCUAGGAAUCAAGCUUUAGAGGACAACGAUUCUGUGGGUAAUACUGUUCGUAAAGAGCUUGAGAUAGCUUCAAAUAACCUAGAUCAAGCCAAAUCAAAUCUUGGAGCUGUUUACAUCUCUCUCAUAUCUGGAAUGGGAAUAGACUUUGCACACCAUACUAUGCAAGGAAGGUUGAGAUACUCAAGAUGGCAACUUGACCAACAUUUACAAGAGGCCAUAUAUGAAUUUGCUAUAUUUGUGACAUGGAUCACUUUUAAUUAUGAUCAUUGGAAUACGAUACACAGUGUGAUAGGAAGUCUUCUUCGAACUACUGCGUUUAAUAAAGAUCUGUCUGUUCCUUGUAUAAAAAGCAAAGAUGAAGAAUCAGACAGUGAAAUAUAUUUUAAGAAGGAAAAUGUUCCCUCAGAACAUCUUACAUGGAAAAUAUACAGCAGUCGUCCAUCAUGUGGUUUACUACCACGGCUAAGAUCUCCUAUUUUCAAGGUCCUGUAUCCUCCCACAGAAGAAGUUAAGCUAAAAACAACCCUGCCAAAAGAAGAGUUAGUCUUCACCCACAUUGGCAUUAUUGGGCAACCUAAAUCAAAUUAUGACUCAAAGACAUUAAAAUUUAUCGUAAAAGACGAAGACGAGGAAGCAGCGAGACAGAGCAUCAAUGAAAGUGACAGUUUAACUGCAGAAGUCCCCAUUGUCCAUAGCAAUGCUAGAGACAUCAUGGUAGACGAAGAUGGCAUCAUUAAUGAUGAUAACACUGACUUUGAUUCUGAUUUGUUUUGAUUGCUUUUGUUCUGGUUAUAACAACAUUACCAACAAUUAUA